AUGAGUCGAUACGACUUGAGAUUCAGAAAUGUUCAAUAUAAUGUUAAAAACCCAAUAACGAAAAACAAUAAGAUCAUUUUAAAUAACGUGAGUGGUGAGUUUCGAUCAAAUGAGUUAACAGCUAUAAUUGGACCAAGUGGAAGUGGAAAAAGUUCACUGUUGAAUGUCUUGUCUGGAUACCAAACAAAAAAAGUUGAUGGAUCUGUUCAACUGAAUGGGGUUGAAUGUCAAGAAUUUAUUCAACAAUACUCGUCUUACAUCAUGCAAGAGUACAAAUUUCAUCAAUUUAUUACUGUCUUUGAGACCUUAAUGUUCUCAAUCAAUUGCAAAACCACAGAAACUGAUGAUAAUGCGAAGAGGGAAAAGAUUCAAAAUAUUUUAAACAAGAUCGGCUUGUGUAAUCGAGAAGAUGUUUAUGCCGGCGACUUAAGUGGAGGAGAAACUAAGAGAUUAUCAAUCGCAAUAGAACUGUUGGACAAUCCAAAAAUUUUAUUUCUUGAUGAGCCAACGACAAAUCUUGAUUCUGUUACAUCAACGCAAUGUAUACAGCUUCUCAAGAAUUUGGCAGCAGAAGAGAGAACAGUCAUUUGUUCAAUUCAUCAACCAUCGGCAAUCACCUUUCAAAUGUUUGAUCAUGUGUAUGCUCUGGCGAAUGGAUGCUGCAUAUUUCAAGGCCCUCAUCGAAAUGUUGUUCCAUUUUUAAAAGACCUUGACCUUAUUUGUCCAUCCACAUUUAGCCCAGCUGAUUUCUUACUUGAAAUCGCAAACAAUGAUUACGGGAGUCAAAAUGAUAAAUUGAGAGAGAAGGCGAUUGUGAGAGAAUCAAGAAAAAUAAAUCCUGCUGAUGUGCCGGUAGACACGCUAUCAGCAAAAAAAUUAAUCAAGAUAUUGAAUGCACAAUGUGUUAAAAACGAAAUAUCGGCACUGAUAAAGCGUAAUUGGUUGAACAAUGCACGAGAUAAGACAUUGACAUUGUUGAGACUCGCGAUUCACUUUGCUAUGGCCGUAUUUAUCGGAAUUAUGUAUCAGGGGAUAGGUCAGGAAAGCUCUAAUAUUCUGAAUACAUACAAAUUUCUGUUCUUUAAUAUUUUCAUACUCAUGUUUACCGCGUUUAGUUCACUACAAACCACAUUCCCACUUGAAUUCCCAAUCGUCAAGCGCGAAAACUUCAAUGGAACAUACUCAGUUUUUAGUUAUUUCAUAGCUUUAUCGUUAUCAGAUGCACCGAUAUUAGUUAUUCACAGCAUACUUUGUGAUCAUAAUAUUGUUAAGUUUUGUGGCACAAGGAUUAGGAUUGAUUGCCGGUUCAAUGUUAAAUGUAAAGUUCACCUUAAUCCUCGGAUCAUUCUUCAUUUGCCCAUUUGUAUUAUUCUCAAACUUCUUUAUUCAAAUGAAAGAUACUGA